AUGGAUCAUGAAAAAAGUGAGUCUACAACAGCACUUGUGCAGGAUGACACUUCAAAGAAUAGGACUUAUCGAACUCGUUGGUAUGUUCUGUUUCUGGUGUCCAUGAUGAGUUGCAUCCAGAACUGUGUAUGGGCGGGCUGGGGUCCCAUCGCCCAAUCAGCGAAGGCUGUUUAUGGCUGGAAUGACAGUACCAUUGACAUGCUUGUCAAUGCUGGAAACAUCGCAUGUAUUGUCUUUAUACUUCCGGCUUCGUGGCUUUUGGAUGUCAAAGGUCUGCGGUUAUCUGUGGUAUUGGGGAGUAUGGUUAUUGCCGUGGGGUCAGGGCUUCGCUGUAUCACUACCAAACCUACACCCGGUACCUGGCUAAUAUUUCUCGGACAAAUAUUGAAUGGUGUUGGAGGUACUAUCGCCAUGUCAGCGCCUCCUCUACUAUCCGGAACUUGGUUCCCUCCACAAGAACGGACGACUGCUACUGGUGUGGGUAUAUUGUUCUCUUCCAUCGGAAGUGCUCUGGCUUUUUUAUUAGGUCCACAGUUUGUCUCCGAACCACCGAGUUGCAGCGGAAAUAAUACGGAUGGCAAUUCUACUUGGUACAUCUCUGCAACAGAUGCAGCCUGUAAUAAAAGUGGUGUAGAGUUUGGUCUGGCCGCUGCAGUUGCUACACUGACGUUGGUCUAUUUCCCUAACAAACCCCCAUCCCCUCCAAGUGUGUCUGCGGGGGUAAAAAGAAUGAAGUUCAAAGACGGACUUCUUUCUAUCGUAAGGAUGUUACCAUUCUGGCAUCUAGCCUUGGCCUUUUCUAUCCCGUCCGGAAUUUACGGCAUGUGGGUCAGUACGCUGGAUGUCAGUGUCCAUCAGUUCGGCAUUUCUCAGAUCGAGGCGGGUUGGCUUGGUUUCUGGGGAUGUGUUGGAGGAACUUUACUCGGAAUUUUACUUUCAAGAUUUGCUGACCUAUUCUAUAAAAGGAUGAAGCUCUUCUUAAUUGGCACAUAUUCCCUGGCAACAGUGUUUUACGUCCUAUUCACGUUAAUGUGUUACCAGAUUAUACCUGGUAGUUCAGUACUGAUCAACCUUACAUGUAUCUCCGGAAGUGUUCUUGUUACUGGAGCCAUACCUCUGUUUUAUGAAAUGGCCUGUGAGGGCGCCUACCCUGCAGCUGAAGGUGUCAUUUCCGGUUGUAUCACUCUCUUCCUGAACCUCACUGGAUCCUUAGUUUACCUGUUAUCUUUAAUACCCAAUAUAGGAACUGCCUGGAUGAACUGGUCCCUGAUAGCCGCUGUGGCGACAGCUGCCCUAUUAAUGGCGACAUUUAAUGAACAGUAUCGAAGACGGAAUGUUGAUGUUCCGGAUAAUACAAAUCUUUCAUAA